AUGCUCCCUUCGACUAUAAUCUGGAAAACAGAAGUAAACUUUGCAGGUUCAACUAUUCAGCCUCUAGAGGUUAGAGUGAGAACUCAGGGCCUCAAGGAACUUCUCUGGAGGAACACACACCAAUUCGACAAAUACCCUGCAUAUCAGAAGAUAAAGGACACUGAAGCAAAACUGCCGGGAUUCAAGGAGUUCCCUCGUGAGAUUCCUGUGAUAUCUGCCUCUGUCAAAAUGUUUGGCCAAGAAAUGAUCUUUAUCACCACUGAUGAAAUGCAGGCAUUUAUGAAGAACAUGCAGCAGCAAAGACAAGAUCAGCUCCCCAUGCUGCAUAAGGUUAUCGAAGGCCUUAAAAACAUCAACCAACAUAUUAUGAAAGCUGUGAUGCUAGAUGUUCAGUACGUGGUUCCAACAGUUAUCGGUCUGCCAUUCCAAGCAAGAGCCAAUAGCAUCAUCAUGGCACACGGUUUAUUAAAGGCAAGGACAGAGUUAUCUCAUGGUGAUCUCAGAGAAGCCAAUAUCCACGUUCAAGUUGACAGCAAACUUGCCCUCCAGGGCUACGGAAUGAUUUUCUGGGGAGUGAACACAUAUGACAUGCAACAUGGUUUGGAAAUGAGAGCCCAGAUCCGUACACAAGGCGUAUUCAACAUGAAUGCCACAGUGGACAUCAGAAACAAGAACUUCAAAUUUGACAUCGCCCCACCCCGUGAUGAUCAGUUUGAGUUGGCAAUGGCAAGCCACGAGGCACAUACUGUUGCAAGAUACUUACAUUCUGAGAAGAAGGCUUCAGUACUUCCAGAAAGACCUGAAAUCGAUAUUUUGGAUGGAGAUUUCGACUCAGAAAAAGGCAACAUUAAGCAAUCAAGCGAUUCCUACAAAUAUAAGCCCACUUGCAUAUGGGUGCCUUGGUGCAUGACUCAGUUGUGUUUGAAGACCAUCAAGAAAACAAAAGACAUGCCCAAAGUGACUUCUUGGUUGCACUACCUGUGUGAAGAACAUCAAGUGGAGCUUCUCUAUGUACAAGUUGUUCCUCUGGAGAAGAUUCAAGGCGAGUUCCAACUAGGCUCUGGAGCACUGAGGACGAAAAGGGAUGUGAGAGCUUCUGAAGCAGCAAAGCGUGGAGACAAAACGCAGAAGGAUGCAAGGGAUGCCAAAGGCCAUGAUGAUGAGCAUUACAGAAAAUCAGAUCGUUUCCCAUCUCCACCACCCGGUUCUACUAAAAAAUGGCCCAGCAAAAAGAGCAGCAGUAGCAGCAGCAGCAGCAGCAGUGACAGCAGCAGUGACAGCAGCAGCAGCAGUGAUAGCAGCAGCAGUGGGAGCAGCAGCAGCGACAGCAGCGACACCAGCAGCAGCGACAGCAGCAGCAGCAGCAGCGAUAGCAGCAACAACAGUUCUUCCAGCAGCAGCAGCAGCAGUGGCAGCAGUGACAGCAGCAGCAGCGACAGCAGUGACAGCAGCAGCAGUGACAGCAGUGACAGUAGCAGCAGCAGCAGCAGCAGCAGUGACAGCAGUGACAGCAGUGACAGCAGCAGCAGCAGCAGCGACAGCAGUGACAGCAGCAGCAGUGACAGCAGUGACAGCAGCAGUGACAGCAGCAGCAGCAGCAGCAGUGACAGCAGUGACAGCAGUGACAGCAGCAGUGACAGCAGUGACAGCAGCGACAGCAGCAGCGACAGCAGCGACAGCAGUAGCAGCAGCAGCAGUGAAAGCUCUGACAUUUCCCGGGAAAAGGGAAGGCAUUCCAAACUUCUUCAAUAUUCUUUCCUGUCAGUGAAACAGCAGAGAAGACAACAGCAAAGUAGCUCCUCCUCCAGCUCCAGCAGCUCCUCUAGCUCCAGCAAUGAAGAAUACACAAAAGGCUCUUCGGAAAAAGUAGCAUCCUUUGCUGUCAAAUGCCUCACUCGCAAUAAGAGACAAUACGGAAUCGUCGGCGACGUUUAUCACGGCUCCUCCAUGCUGAAAGUGACUAUAAGAAACAUCACACGGCCAAGCAAGCCAGUUGUCUGCUUCCAAAGCAUAAUGGUCACCCCUCACAAGCUCAGGACCACUCUAGAAGCAGGCUGGGAUUGCAAAGACUACCAGGUCGCUGCAGAAGUCGAGACGGGUUGGUUUGCUAAAAGGCCAGCAGUUCAGUUCAAGGCUAAACACAAAAGGCUUCCUGCAGUAGUGACGAACUUUGUGGAACAAAUAACUACAGUGAUUCCUGGAGCUGCUUACAUGAUGGGCUACUCAUACAAAGUUCAAAGAAAUCCCUCUCAAGAGGUUACACUGGUUAUAGCUCUAACUGAUCCUAGAAGCUACGCUGUGAUCAUGAGGACACCCACUGUGACCAUCUAUGCUGAAGACUGCAUGAUUCCAUUUUCACUGCCCAUUGGCGACUCCAGCCAACCUUCAAAACUCUGGGAUGUUCCUUCAGUGAUACUUGCUAGUCAGAAUGGUGUCUGCAAAAUCGAUGGUCAAAAAAUCACAACCUUCACUGGACAAAACUUUGACAAAAGAUUGCCUCCAGAUUGUUUCAUGACUUUGUUGCAAGACUGUACCUGUGACAAGAAGUUUAUGGUGCUGAUAAAAUAUGAAUCUAAUAAUGCAAACAACAUCCUACUCAAAAUAACCAUCGCUGGCAGUGAAAUUACCCUCAAGAAUUGCAAUGGAAAGAACAUAGUAGAAAUUGAUGGUUCUGUAAUACCAAUGGCACGUCUCCCAGUCAGACAUGAAGAGUUUACCAUUAAAUCAGACCGCAAAGAUAACGAAAUUGUACUUUCUUCAUUGUUUGGGAUUCACGAGCUGAUCUACAAUGGACGUAAUGUUCAGGUGACCGUUACUCCCACUAUCGGAUAUACCUGUGGUCUUUGUGAAGUAUAUGGCGGAAAUGCAGAAAAAUUACGAACACCAAGUGGCUACUCAGCUAAAGAUCCAGAGAGCUUUGCUCAGUCCUGGCUGGUCCCCGAUGAAUGUGGUGGAGCCUGCAAACUGAAACACUCAACUAGGAGACUUGAGAAACCAAUCCGGAUUGGAGAAGAAGAUAUGCAAUGUAUUUCUACUCUGCCCGUGUUGAGCUGUAAGGAGAAGUGCAGACCCACCACAACAACUCAGGUGUCUUCUAGCUUCCACUGUCUCUCAGCUGGGGCAACCUUGCCAACUGAUCUGGUUACCCUCGCUUCAAAAUCAGAAGACCUGGUUUCCUCUGUCGAAGCCCACGUAACAUGCAGUUGUGCUGAAGAACAAUGUGAAGCAUAACUUUCCUACUGAACAGAUUAGAAGCCCUUAAUACCGUUUACUGUGGGAGGCCAGUAUGUUAAUUCUAGGCAGCCACACAGACGUUAAUUGAAAAAGCACUGCUGAGCCAUCUGAAGUUGAGUCAUAACCCUGCAGAAGCAAAGGCAAUUAUGAAUGAAAUGGAUGAGUUUCUA